AUGUACGUGGAUGGAAACUCUUUUAGAUGGGGAAAACGUGAGUUUUCUCGGGUUUGUAUAAGAUUGAAUCUUGAAAAUAGCCUUCCUAAGGGUGUAUGGAUUGAUGGCAUUGCUGGAAGAUUCUUUCAGCAAGUUGAAUAUGAGAAGAUUGAUAUGCUCUGUUUGCAUUGUGGGAAGGUGGGACAUGACAAGGUUUUAUGUCCUGAGAUUAAAAAGGUUGAAGCGGCUACUAAGGUGAUCAACAAGCAGGAAACUGUGGUUAGUAUUCCCGCAGUUGAGAAACUUUCAGAACCAGAUUAUGGUCCAUGGAUUCAUGUUCGUUUCAAGAAUAGAAUGUAUAGAAAUAACAGAGCUAGUAGAGAAGGUAUAUCUACAAGAAUGGAGCAGAUAGUAAACAACAAAGUAGUGAUGGCAGAUCAUCAUGAGAAAUUGGAAGCAAUUUCUGUUAGAGUUCAGGGAGCUAGAAAGAGAGAGGCUUCGCUGUACUUGAAGGAAGUUGUUAGGGAUCAUGAGGUGGUUUUUAUUGGGAUUAUGAAAACUAAGCUCUAUAACAUUGAUAGAAGUGAUGUAGAUUGCCUUAUUGGGAGAGAUUGGGACUUUUUUCAUCUCCCUGUAGUGGGAUUGUCUGGAGGUAUUCUGAAUAUUUGGAACAGAAACAAAGUUUCUUUUGUUGUUCAAGAAAGUUCGUCUCAAGCUGUUAUUGGAGUUCUUUCUACUCCUUUAAUUGGAGACUGGAAAGUGGCAACAGUUUAUGGGAGUAGAUGUUGUGUGGAGAGAAGGGAUCUUUGGAGUAUACUUGAGAAGAACAUGAUAGGCCCGGGUCCUUCUUUAGUGGGGGGAGACUUUAAUUGUUUUAUUGGACCAAGUUAUACUUGGUGUAAUAAUAAAGAUGGUUCCUCAAGGAUUUGGGAGAGGCUUGAUAGAUGUUUGGUAAAUUCAGCCUCUUUACAAUUGGUUCCUGCUGGUAGAGCUAGACAUCUAGCUCGCAUGGCGUCGGAUCAUUAUCCGAUUAUAUAUAGGAUGGAAGCUUGGCAUUCUACGAAGGAGAAACAUUUCAGAUUUGAGGACACUUGGAGAUCCUAUCCAGCUGCAAGAGGUAUUGUUCACAAAUCUUGGUUGAAAAAGGACUUUGGAGAUGAGCUUAGAGAUGAGUUGAAGAAGGAUAUUCUUGACUUACAAACCAAAGAGAUGUCUGAUGUUGAUUUCUCGGUUGAUGACAUGUGUCUUCUUAGGCAGAAGUUGUAUUCUAAGGAUUGGCCGGAGAUUGAAGCAUCACAGAGACUCAGUGAGCUGGAUAGGAAGAUGUUGAACACGGAAUUUGUUAUGGAAGAGUGCAGGGUGGCUGUUUUCCAGCAGGGUAACAACAAAUCUCCAGGGGCUGACGGUGUCACUUCUUCUUUCUUUAAGAGCUACUGGAACAUUGUUGGAGAAACAACUUGCCUUUGUCAAACUACAUACAAGAUUGUUGCCUCUAUGCUUGCGAAUAGACUCAAUACUCUCAUGUAUAAGAUGAUUUCUGAGGAGCAGCUUGCUUUCAUUCCAGGGAGAUCAAUGUCCGAGCAUUGCAUUCUUACUCAAUAG